AUGUUUCUUAUCGCAGCGUUUCUGACCUCUCUCUCCGCGAACUUGACGCUUCCCGACGUCGACUCGCCGUUCCCGUCGCCAAUCUCGACGCCGUCUUCCAUGCGCGCCGGCAACGAGGCGUACGCCUCGCACCUCCCGCCGCCCUCGCCGCUCGCGUCGGCCGUGCCCAUGUCCGCAGACGAGUACGGCAGCGAUGCGGCGGGUCCGACGGAUCUUCUCUCGCCUGCGCUGGGGUCGAAACAGCAGCAACAACAAAACGCGUCUCAGGUUCGGCAGCGUCGUCAUCAGGAGGUCCGUGGGCAACAGCUGCUGCAACCGCAACAACAGCAAUCGCUGCCGGCCCCGGUGGCCCCCGCCGCCACCGCAGACCCACUGGCAGGCGUGCCGGAACUGGUGACGGCGGCAGCGGCCGACGACGAGGACAAGGUAGCGGCGCUUAAGCUGGUCGCCGACAGCGUGGCCCAGCAGCGCCAGGCGGCUUCGUGGGCGCUGCUCUCGCAUCCGGCAGUGAUCGGCGGUUACGUGCUCGUCCUCGCGCUGCUGUACAAGUACAUGUACAAGCAGCCCGGCGACGUGCCGCUGCUGUUCACCACCGGCGCCGGCGUGACCAUGGCCUGCCUGGUGGCCGUCCGGCUCUUGACGAGCGGCUACAUCCGCCAGGCCGAAUCGAUCAAUUGGGGCUUCUUGGAUGAGGGCGCCGACAGCGUUAUCGUCACGCGCUUCGGUGGGCAGGUCAUUGGCGCAUUGGUGCUUGGUUGGGCUGGCCCCAGCAGCACUGGGAACAAGGCCGCGAGGCGGCGCAAGGGUAGAGGCGUAAUCAAGGCUUGGACGGUGAAGCUCCGCUACAGAGGCAAGGGUGUUGGCACCGGACUGCUCGAAGAAGCCGUAAAGGAGACUGUCAAGCGCGGUGGUGAGGGCGUGGAGUUUGCGGAGGAUCACGCAAACUCCCGCCGUUUCCUCCCCCAUUACUUCAAUGGCUUCCUCGACCGCUCUGAAGACAAUGCUUACGAAGCUUUAAAGGACGUGAUCACCACCAGCGGCGCGUUCAGCGGGCGGAGGAGGAAGUCAUCCGUCUACUAG